AUGGAUCUUCACCGUUGUCGUUUCGUUGACUAUACGCCACAUACUAUAACAUCACUAGCAUUCUCCCAACCAUCUUCACCAGAGAAGCUUGCACCGUCUGACUUGCGUUUGGCAGUGGGAAGAAGUAAUGGAGAUAUUGAAAUAUGGAAUCCGAGACAUAACUGGACCCAUGAGUUGACAUUGGCCGGAUCAAAAGGAAGGUCCAUUGAAGGGUUAGUUUGGAGUUCGUCCUCGCUGAAUAAUGACAACGAAUCUAGUAGAUUGUUCUCCAUUGGUGGAUCGACUUAUAUCACUGAGUGGGACUUGAAAACUGGAAGGCCGUUGGUAAAUUAUGAUUGUAAUGCAGGUACAAUCUGGUCUAUUGACGUGAAUUUUAAAGGUGACAAAUUAUCAGUGGGCUGUGAUGACGGGUCUGUUGUUGUUGUCGAUAUAUCCGGAGGGGUGGGGUCAUUAGAGUAUGACAUCGUAUGUCAGAGGCAAGAUGCAAGAGUAUUGAGUAUAAAAUGGAAUGGAGAUAAACAGAUUGUUGGAGGAUGUGCAGACGGAAGAAUUAGAGUUUGGAGCUAUGACAAGAAUACUAAAGGUAGAAUUUUGAGUACCAUGAGAGUCGACAAGUCCAAGACCGAGAGUACAUUGGUGUGGACUUUGGAAGUGUUGCCAAAGCGAAAUCAACUUAUAAGUGGUGAUUCAACCGGGCAUGUCAAGGUAUGGGACUUGAAGUUCUUUACGUUGAUGCAAAGUUUUAAAAUUCACGAUGCUGAUGUACUUUGUAUUGUACGUGAUGCCAACGAAGAACGUUUCUACUCAGCGGGUAUCGAUAGAAAAAUUCAUCAAUAUGAUUUAUUGCACACGAAAUCCAGCUCCAAGUGGGUUCACAGUUUUAAUCGUUUAUUACAUUCAAAUGAUAUUAGAGCGAUGGCAAUAAUGGAGAGUAAGAGUUUCAAAGUUCUCGUUAGUGGAGGUGUUGAAAGAGCUAUCACCAUACAGCCUAUUGAUAGUUUUCAAGACUCAAAAUACAAGAAGUUGUUGGUAAACCAACAAAUAAGUAAUGUCUUGGUGGUUCCCGAGCAAAAGUUUGUAAUUUUAUGGCAAGAUCAAGUUGUCAAGAUAUGGAAAAUAUUGAAUAAUGGGAAGCAUAAAUUGAUUUCGAAGUUAAUCCUAUCAGACGAUGAGAAUAUCACGAGUGUUGAUUUCAAGGGCAACCUGUUAGCAGUGGCCAAAAUGACUUCGGUGAAGAUAUACGAAUUGGAUGAGGUUGACGCUGAGAAUGAUAGGUAUAUGAUUAAUAAGAUCAGAGAUGAGAACUUUGAUUCAAUGAUAGCGGGAUCUAAAAAAGUCAAGUAUAUAACUGAUUCAAAAUUGCUUGUCUUGACCCCGGACGAAGAAUUGUACCAAUUUUCCAUUGACUCAGAAAAUAGUCAAAUUUCAUUAGAAGACCAAAUUGAAUUGAUAGAGCAUGACUCGUCAUCAAGCAUAUCAUACAAUGACAAUGUCAAGAAUUUAACCCUUACUCCAAAUUACAAAAACAUAGUGAUAUCUAGAUUCAAUGGAUCGAUCGAAGUGUACCCACUUGACGGUAGGGAUGCUUUCAUCGUUACAAAACUAUCAAGUUUAUCAUCCCAACCACAUUUAUUAACAUGUCGAAAUGACGACCAACUUCUAGUCUUGACAAACGAAAAUAAAAUACUCGAGUUCAACUUAUUCAAUCAGGAUCAAUUAUUGACCGCGUGGUCUAAACGCAACAGUGAGUUUUUACCACGCCAGUUCACAUCUCUUGAUGACAAACCCGAAGGAAUGUUUGUUAAGGAUGAGAAAUUGUGGGUUUAUGGAACUUCAUGGAUAUGCUACUUUGACUUGACCAGAAAUAUUCCUAUCAGCAAAUUGUACAAGAAUAUAAGUACAGGUAAAAAGAGAAGACGUGAUGGUUUGAGUCUCGAUGAUGAUAUAGACAUAAAUGGUGAUGUCAUACAAUUGGAAUCGAGUUUGAAACAGAGUGAAAUUGAUAAGUUAAAGAGACAAAUUAAGGAAGAAGAAGAUGGUGUGGGCGGUGAAGUUGCUGAUGAUGGUGAAGAUGAAGAUAUGCAUGAGAGAGAAUCAAAAGUAUUUUCAUUGACAGAAAAGUAUAGGCCAAUUAUGAAAGUGGUUGAUUUCGGACCAAAUGAGUUAUUGAUUGUUGAGAGACCAUACUUUGCAUUGCCAACUACACCUGCAUUCAACUUGCCAAAGUUGAGGAUAUAA